CUAUUGCAAGUAGUCAGUUUGUUUUACCUUGGCAGUUACCAACUAUCUGACAUUCAAAAAAAUCUGAGAAAGCUGUAAAUGCCUAGUAAAAAAGCUUACAAUUUCAAGUUUUGUGCUUCUAUAGGAGGGUUUUGACUGUUUUUUAUUCUACAUUUAAACAAUGCCUCAUGCAAGAGUCUUCAUGCUUCCUAUGGCCCACCAACAAGUGCUGUAACGCAUUAUUUAGUUCUUUUUAUUCAGAAAGGUGAAAAUGCUUCUCUUAUACCAAUAUUAUGAACUGGCUUUCAGUGCCAAGCAAGAAUGACAGAAUGUUCUGAAACUUUAACAAUCACUCUGUCAUUGGAAGUUUAUUUUUAAAACAUGGAUGAAGGAAAAAAGCUUGAUGCUGUGGUUUCUUACUGAUAUUCAAAUUUUGCUGUUGGGCACAUCAAUUGUACAAGACAACAUUUCAAUAGUAAGUUAUCUUUUUUAGGCUUUUAUUUGAAACCUAUCUUCCCAUCCAGUUCAAAAAUCAAAACAGGCUUUCUUCUGCGACAGCAUUUCUUGGUAGAGGCCAACGCAUUGCCUAUCUUGACUAUGCAGAAGGAGUUUGCUUUACCCUAUGAGAUAAUGAUUGCUCAUGUUUAUGUGUGAUAUGCUUGUUCUACGUAUGACACUUUCCCAUUUCUGCUGAAAAUAAACUUUUGAUGACCUUCCUUACACUGUAGCCUCUUACUUAGAUGAAACAUUUUGAUUGAGCAAUGUAAUGGCUUUAAUUUCUCAACUCUCAUCAUAGUUGCGUUGGCCCCAGCCAGUAGCCGUGUAGCCAGAAUUAGCGUGAAUUGCCCAACUUCAAAUAGAGAUGUGGGGGUAGGUAGGUCAGAUUGCCUAUUAAUACCUCAAUUAUCAGGAUGAUACCCACAAGGGAUCUUGAAGCUCAUUCAUAAUUUUAAAUCUGAUACAGUUGUACUGCAGAAAAGAGCCAAACCAAAACACCAAUGUCUCUCCACAUUACAGAAUAAACUUAACCAUUUAUGGAGAGGGAAUUAAUUGUGUAAUUGAAUUUUGCACUGAAAUCCAGUGCUGAGUCACUGAAUUGGCAGUGCUGUUGAUGGUUCAUUUUUCCUUAUAAACCCAUGUCAUAGCAGAAAAGUACUACGAAGUGGAACUUGUAUUUUGAAAAAAACACGUACAUGUAUUGAUAUACUCCAUUAAAAAGAAAUUUUGAAAGUUUGUGGUGUAAAUUUUGAAAAGGCAACUUUCAUCUGAAACAAGCAAAUGAUGGUUGAUACUAACAUUGGCUUCAAAUUACUUCCACUCAGCAUUUAUAGACAAGUGUAGGUUAUGACUCUUAAGACAGUUCUUGACUGAGAGAAUACAGAUAAAUGUUGUAAGAGGUAAUUACUGUUUUACAGAAAUGUCACAGUAUAUUUUAACAAUAUUUUGUGAAGCGUGCCUCUGAAAGACUUGGUUGCACAGAGCAAUGGCACAGGAUUAUGUCAGUGGUAAGAAGUUUUGUACUGAAAAAUAUAGAGUGCUCAUCUCAGAGGACACAAUAUCAUGAGUUGAGAUGCUCAGAAAGGGUGCAUCAAAUCAGCAACUACAGCUUGAUGGGAUCUUUACUAAAUGCCUUGGAGCUGGGCCUGGGCAAUAAACCUGACCUAUGAAGCAGACUUUUGAUAUUCCCCAAAAGCUCAUAUUUUGGAGUCUGGUUUUGUCUUCUUUUUACAUUAAGAUAAACAGGAGGUUCAUCUAAAACCAGAAGGUCCACUGCAGUCUGUUUGGGAUAGAUUAGGGGUGUAGGAUUUUGCCCUAGAUAUAACAUACCAAUGGCAGAUCUGUUAGGACAUCUCACAGCCAAAAGGAAUCUCUUCCAAUUCCUAGAAUCUUCAUAUUUCAUUAAGUAGUUAUAAUGUUUAGUUUUAUUUGUUUAAAUCACCCUUAUUUUCUGCUUAAUGAAGGCCAUGCUAGUACUGUACUACACCUUUACUCUUAGAAAAAUUCCCUUCCCAAAACACUUCCCCAAAACCAGCUAUUUAAUGCAGCCCCUUUGCCAGCCCAUUGCUAUGGGAACUCAGUCUUUCAUUUAUUUAUGAAAACAGAGAUUCUUGUGUUGUGUGUAGAGCUGAAAUUCUAGGAUUAAAGUUUUGAUAUCUAAAUAAUGAGUUUUCCUGAUCAAGAUAUACUGGGUCAGGCUUUUGAAGAUGCACUAGAAGUACUGCAGCAACACUCCGACAGAGAAAUGCAGUACUCACAAGGUUAUAAAAAUUGCCUGACUGUGAUCAACCAUCAUCCCCACCUCCGAGCAAGUCCCAGCUACUCUGCAGUACCCUCUACAGAGGACCCAGGAUACAGCUGGAGAACUGUGAUAAACAGUGCAGCAGAUUUUUAUGCAGAUGAUUCUGUCUACCAUACGCUGCAGAAUACUCCAGAAAGCCAAGUGAUGCAUGCUGCUGCUGUCCAGCCAAAAGCAGGGAAAGGUAGAAAAAAACUUCGUCUGUUUGAGUACCUCCACGAGUCUCUGUAUGAUCCAGCAAUGGCAAACUGCAUCCAAUGGGUGGAUAAGCCCAAUGGUGUCUUCCAAUUUGUCUCCAAAAACAAGGAGAAACUUGCAGAGCUGUGGGGAGAAAGAAAGGGAAACCGCAAGAUCAUGACAUAUCAGAAAAUGGCCAGAGCACUGAGGAAUUAUGGAAGAACAGGUGAAAUUAUUAAAAUUCGAAGGAAGCUGACAUACCAAUUCAGCGCUGUUGUUUUACAAAGACUUGCUCCAUCAUACUUCUUGGGAAAAGAAACUGUUUAUCAUCCAUACAUUCAGCCUAAUCAAGAAUAUCAAUGUGCAGAUGACUGGACCAAUUACAACAGUUACAUGUAUAACAAUGGUUAUGCAUUACAGCAUGCUAACAGCUAGACAUCACAUAAACAGCUCAUAACACUUUCCAGCACAGGAACUCUUCUCUGUACAUAGCUUUUCCUAUAUUAUAUCAUGCAAAUACAUGAAGAGGGCUUAACAAAAUGAUCUUAACCUACUUUGUUCCUUUUGAAGUUACCAAAAAAUAGUCAUUGAAUAUCGAAGAAAAACAGCAGCUGUAGGGCAGAUUCUGUUAUCUUGGCAUUAAUCAAAGGAAGUACAUCAAAUUCGAGCUAGUAUAUCCAAGAUAGGGAUCAAAACUUUUGUCUGCAGUCUGGAUCAAAGAUCCCUUCCUGAUAAUGCUCAUUCAUUUCAUCGGAAGUUCUGUGCAUAUCCCGAACUUUCCAAUCAGAAUGCAGAUACUGUUGUACCAUAGCUCACAAUUGGAUGCAUGUGAAUUAGAAAGGGAAGAGUUUUGGCAACUGUGCUAAGCUACUGUCUGUUUUUUCAUCAAUGCUCUUUAUUAAGGGAUGAUUUCUGAGUGAAUCCCUGGCUGAACUAUAGAGUCCACAUGAAGGUGCACCUGUUGGCCAAGUUGUUAAUCCUUAAUCACUUAUAUUAACAUAUUUUAGCACAGAUCCUGACACAUGGUAUUAGGAUCACCAGGUGUGCAUUUCACUGUUGGCAGGGGAUUAUUUGAGAAAGAGACCAUACCGUGACAGAGUUAGCAAAGGAUUAUGCUUUUUAUGAAGAUAUUUACAGUUUGCCCCCACUAGUAUGAGGAGUCAUACUUUUAUCCACCAGUUCUACACUCAGCUGAUGAACCCAGCUUUGUUAUUUACAACGACCUUUGGAGUUAUAACUUUAUAUAUAGAAAUACAGUAUUGCUUCUCCAGAUUUUUUUCUGCAUGGUACUCUUGUUGAGAGACAGUAAUUUUAUCUUCUCUACAUGGAGAAGAAGAGAAAAUUUAGAUAAAAAAACUGAGUACUAUCCCCUUACACCAGGAUGAUACCAUUAAGUACACUCUUUCUGAUACUUCUAUUCAUUUGU